UCAUUUCUUCAUCUCUUCCCUUAUAACAAUUAUUCAAGACAAAGAACGAAUUUUAAUCGUACGGUCGUGAUUCUCUAUCUUCGUGGGUCCCACUGAAAACGACACACUGAGAAUUCAGGUGAAGCGAGUGCGUGAAGUUUUUCACGUCGCGUUACUGAGUUCGCAACCGAUUCAAUUGGUAACUCGAUGUUCGAAUAAAACACUUUCUUCUUCUUCAUCUUCUUGUUCUUCUCAUUCAUCACUCUCUCACUUCACAUUCUUCUUCUUCUUUCUCUUCGUGAAAAUCGUGUGAAAAUCGUGCGAAGAGAAUUGAGAGAGCAUUGUGGAUUCAAUUGGAGAGUGCUUACAUCUGCAUUUUCACUUGAGCAGCCCGAAGGUCUGUACUUUGCAAAAUUGAGAGAUAAAAAAUGGGUGAUGUUUCUGGUGUGGGUAGUGACAAUUUUGAUUGGAACACUGAUGAUGAGCUUGAGAUUGAGGGCUUUCAUUCCUCAUGUUUAUCUGUACCCAAUGGAGAGACUAUUGCUGGGUCUGUAGGGGCAAGCUCAUCUGCAGGUCCAUCUAAUACCAAGGUAUUUGACCACUUUAUUAGUAUGGGAUUUCCUGGAGAAAUGGUUUCCAAAGUAAUUCAGGAAUAUGGUGAGGAAAACGAAGAUAAACUACUUGAAGAGCUUCUCACUUACUCAGCUCUAGAAAGUUCUCCUCAGCAACAACAGCAAGUUGAACCAGAUCCCUGUUCUUCAGAGAAUGCAGGGAGCUCGUGGGAUGAUUUAUCAUCCGAUGAUUCUUUUUCUGAUGAAGAAAUGCCAAAAUCUGUUUCUAGGAAUGGUGAUCCAUUACAUACCCUGGUUAAAAUGGGGUACAAGGAGGAGGAAGCUGUAAUGGCCGUAGAAAGAUUAGGUCCAAACGCCUCACUUGAGGACUUAGUUGAUUUUAUUGGUGUUGCUCAAAUGGCAAAAGCAGAAGAUGCCCUUCUGCCUCCUGAAGAAAAGCCACAAUACAAUGGGCAUGCCAAACUAAAAAAAAGAAGUUUGUAUGAUUAUGAAGUAUUGGGCAAGAAAAAGCCAAAGAUAUUUGAGAAGAGAACACUGUGUGAGGAGGAUGAUGAGACACAGGCACUUCAUCUGCCUAAUCCGAUGACUGGGUUUGGGGUUCCCACCGACCCAAAUUCCAUAAUAACUCAUAGACGAAUUCCUGAAGAUGCUAUUGGGCCUCCUUACUUCUAUUACGAGAAUGUGGCGCUUGCACCAAAAGGUGUUUGGCAGACCAUUUCUAGAUUCCUGUACGAUGUGGAGCCUGAGUAUGUGGAUUCCAAAUAUUUCUGUGCUGCAGCCAGGAAAAGGGGAUAUAUUCACAAUCUCCCCAUUGAGAAUAGAUAUCCUCUCCUACCUCUUCCACCACGCACAAUACAUGAUGCAUUUCCACUGUUGAAGAAGUGGUGGCCCUCAUGGGAUCCAAGGACCAAACUUAACUGUUUGCAAACGGUCACUGGAAGUGCAAAGCUGACAGAAAGAAUAAGGAAAGCGGUGGAAAGCUGUGAAGAAUUUGAAGAUCCACCAGAAAGUGUAAAAAAGUAUGUGCUUGAUCAAUGCCGGAAGUGGAACCUUGUUUGGGUGGGAAAGAACAAGGUUGCCCCCCUAGAGCCAGAUGAAGUUGAAACAUUGUUGGGCUUCCCAAGGAACCACACAAGGGGUGGUGGGAUAAGUAGGACUGAUAGAUUCAAAUCACUUGGCAAUUCGUUCCAGGUUGACACAGUGGCAUACCACCUAUCUGUUCUGAAGGAAAUGUAUCCUAAUGGGAUCAAUCUUCUAUCUCUCUUUUCUGGAAUUGGUGGUGCAGAGGUAGCUCUUCAUCGUCUCGGUGUCCCUCUAAAGAAUGUAGUGUCGGUCGAAAAAUCAGAGGUGAACAGGAACAUUGUCCGAAGUUGGUGGGAACAAACUAAUCAAAGAGGUAAUUUAGUUGAUUUGGAUGAUGUGCAGCAACUAGAUGCUGUUCGUUUGGAGCAGCUGAUGAGUGCAUUUGGGGGUUUUGAUCUCAUUGUUGGUGGAAGUCCAUGUAAUAACCUUGCUGGAAGCAACAGGGUCAGUCGGAAUGGACUCGAGGGCGAACAUUCAUCCCUCUUUUUUGAUUACUUUCGGAUUUUAGAUUUGGUUAAAAAUAUGUCACCAAAUUAUAGAUGAACUUCUGUAUAAAAACUUCCUUUUUCAGGCUUUGUACUUAUUUAGUCAUAAUAUUUAGGAUCGUCUCAUAAAACUUCAACAUUAGACAGAUGCUUCUCAUCCCAUUUUUGUUGUCAGAGAAGGAAUGGCAACGGUAUCAAAUAAAUUUUUGAUCUCAACAUUUCUGAUUUCA